GUCAUCCCCAACAGCACUGCAGCAUCGCCAUGGCCUUCCGCCGCCUCGGCUUACCUUUGGCGGGUCUUGAGCCCGCCCGGCGCCCCAAAGUUGGCUCGGCGCCCGCCAAAGAGCGGGCAGAGAGGGCCGCGCAGGACCCACAGGAGCCCAAGGCACGGGUGACGCUUGCGGUGCCCGCCACAGGUGGAACGGUGAAGGCCAAAGAAUCCAAGGACAAAGCUCCGAAGACCAAAAUCCUGGUGGCUGCUGCGGCCCUGGGAGCGAAGACCAAGCCACUCCUGCGCCCGCGCGCUGACGUGGAUGGCUCCGGCGGCUCUGGCCCCGCCCCGGACCCGGUGGCAGCCGCCGCGGCCGCGGCUCCGGCGGCUCCGGGGGCGGCGCUGCGGGGGCGAAAUCUGCUGGGCUCGGUGUUGAGCCAUCUGGGCUCCGCGCGGAAGCGGCUGCAGAUGGAUCGCAAGGUGGAGAAGGGGGUGGUGAAGGCUGUGAUGAAGCCGAAGCUGCGGAUGAAACAGCAGCUGACCAGACAGCGGGUGGCCAAAAGUGGAGAAGAUGAGAAGGAAGCACUGGAAUUGCGACUGGCUGAGCAUUACUCUCACAUGAUGAAUUUCAUCCGCACGCGGGGGGAACCCAUUUUGUUCUACCUGCCAGCGAAGCACAAUGCGGAAACACAGAAAUGUCUCGAGGAAACUCAGCGCACAAUCCGCAGAAAGAUUGAGAUGCUGCCCACGCAUCUUGGUGGAGGAGCUGCGGAUGAAGAGGAGGAGGCUGAGGCUACUGAGGAUUGAUAUCAGGAUGCGGAGUGAUAAUGGCAACAUGGCACGAGUUACAAUGAUAUGCAGCGAACAGUCCUGUUCCAUCCCUAUCUGGGACCUUUGGGAACCUCAAGCGACUUCAUUACGUUGUUUUUGGUGGGAACCAGCUUCCAUGUCGUUUGAUUUUAUCCAGAUGUUUGGAAGUGGUUAAACAUGCUUAAACCUUCUUGGAACGUUUGUUUGUUGUCAUUAUUUAUGUUGGCAUCGGGGGUAGCUAAGCUCCCAUUUUAUGCUGAAAGAUCCAGUUUGUUUGCUGUUUCUUUGACGUCCUGGCUUGAAUCAUUGUACCUCCUCCGGGCCGAAAAGGUGA